GCGAGUGGGUGUGAGCCUUGGGGGCCGGCCAAACUUCCUGUCCCGCGCUGCCGCUGCUUCCGGCGGGAGCCGGAAGACGCUGUGUGUGGACGGAAUUCGGGACCGACUGACGGCUAGCAGGCUGCCCGGGACGGGGAGGCUAAAUUGAUUAUCCACUCAGCACAGCAUCUUACAGGAAAAGCAUAGCAUUUCCUAAAGGAAUAUGAGCAUAGCAGGAAGGUGUCAUUGACUCUGAAUUAAAUUUUUAACCUGUCCCCUCAACAGCUACAGGAUUUGGAAGCUGAAUCAAUGUUAUCAGAUGAGUUAGAAUCCAAACCAGAGCUCCUGGUACAGUUCGUUCAGAAUACAUCCAUCCCAUUGGGACAAGGGCUAGUAGAAUCAGAAGCUAAAGACAUUACUUGCUUGUCCCUCCUUCCGGUGACUGAGGCCUCAGAAUGCAGUCGGCUAAUGUUACCAGAUGAUACUCCAAGUCAUACAAACUCCUCCAAGGAGGUCCCUUCCUCGGCCGUGUUGAGAAGCCUUCAGGUGAAUGUGGGUCCAGACGGAGAAGAGACGAGGGCUCAGACUGUACAGAAGUCCCCGGAGUUUUUGUCCACUCCAGAGUCUCCUAGCUUGUUGCAAGAUCUACAGCCAAGUGAUAGCACUUCUUUUAUUCUUCUUAACCUAACAAGAGCAGGUCUGGGCUCUUCAGCUGAGCACUUAGUAUUUGUACAAGAUGAGGCGGAGGAUUCAGGGAAUGAUUUCCUCUCCAGUGAGAGCACGGAUAGUAGUAUUCCAUGGUUCCUCCGGGUUCAGGAGUUGGCUCAUGAUAGUUUGAUUGCUGCUACUCGCGCACAACUGGCAAAGAAUGCAAAAACCAGCAGCAAUGGAGAGAAUGUCCACCUUGGUUCUGGAGAUGGGCAGCCCAAAGAUUCUGGGCCCCUUCCUCAAGUGGAAAAGAAACUCAAAUGUACAGUUGAAGGCUGUGACCGGACAUUUGUGUGGCCAGCUCACUUCAAGUACCAUCUCAAAACUCAUCGAAAUGACCGCUCUUUCAUCUGUCCGGCGGAAGGUUGUGGGAAAAGCUUUUAUGUGUUGCAGAGGCUGAAGGUGCAUAUGAGGACUCAUAAUGGGGAGAAGCCCUUUAUGUGCCCCGAGUCUAGCUGUGGUAAGCAGUUCACUACAGCUGGAAAUCUGAAGAACCACUUGCGCAUCCAUACAGGAGAGAAGCCUUUCCUUUGUGAAGCCCAAGGAUGUGGCCGUUCCUUUGCUGAGUAUUCUAGCCUCCGAAAACAUUUGGUGGUUCACUCAGGAGAGAAGCCCCAUCAGUGUCAAGUAUGUGGGAAGACCUUCUCUCAGAGUGGGAGUAGGAAUGUGCACAUGAGAAAGCAUCAUUUGCAGCUAGGAGCAGCUGGGAGUCAAGAGCAGGAGCAAACUGCUGAGCCAUUAAUGGGCAGUAGUUUGCUUGAAGAGGCUUCAGUAACCAGUAAAAACCUGGUGCCUAUGAAUUCCCAGCCCAGCCUUGGUGGAGAGUCCUUGAACCUACCAAAUACCAAUUCUAUCCUAGGAGUUGAUGAUGAGGUGCUUGCUGAAGGAUCCCCACGUCCCCUGUCUUCAGUGCCUGAUGUGACACAUCACUUGGUGACCAUGCAGUCAGGGAGGCAGUCAUAUGAGGUUUCUGUCUUAACUGCCGUAAAUCCACAGGAGUUACUAAACCAAGGAGAUUUAACUGAAAGACGGACAUGAGCAUGGGUGUCAACUCCUGGAAGAGCAGCCCUGUCUGAUCCCAGAGUGCACACAGUGGGAACAGGAUGCUUAUGGCUCACGAUCUGCCAGAACCAAAAUGAAUCUGUGAAAGACAGGACCCCGCUUUGGCUUCUGUUCAUCUUUCCUGACAUAGAAGAUGAAUGUAGGAGAGCUUCUCUUCAAACUACAUCUGAUCCAGACAAGGAAGAAAGCAGUGAAUGUGGGCUGGGUAACUGUACCUACCUCUCUUCCCACUAUAAAAUUUUGGGAUGGACUUCUCCCAAAAGUGAAUUUGAUUAUGUGUUGGCUGAAAUUUCUUCAGUAUGACUGUUGAGAAGGGGUUUUCCUUUGAAGAAUUUUCAUCCCAGACUCAGCUGUCUUUUCACAUGGAUAAACUAAGCCCUGCCACCAACCAUAAAACUUCACCAAGAAGCUGAGCUUUCAAGAUGCCUUGUUGCUUUGGAGAAGGGAGUGAUGUCAAUUCUGAUGUGGCAUACUCCCUUUAGCAACCUGAGUAAGAGACUCUCUGCCACUGGGCUGCAAAAAAAUAAAUUACUUGAAUCCCUACUUGGCCCAGGCUGAGGUACUAUCUUGUCACAUCCACCUCUACUGGGCCACUUUGCUUUCUUUGUUUAUGGAAUAUACGAUAGCAUGUUAAAAGGGUUUUUUGGUUUUUUUUUUGUUUGUUUGUUUGUUUUUAAAGUUAACUAUCACAUGAUUCAGAGCUUCGGUUGUUUUCCCUUUAAAUAAACAAGACAGCCCAGUAA